GACAUGCCGGACAUGCCGGACAUGCGCAGUCUGUUAAAAUUUCGCACUGAUAAAAUUCGCUCCCUUGAACCUCACCUGCAGAACGUACACGAGAAAAUGUGGGGGAAAUUGUUGCUAGUGUCACUGCUCUCUCUUCUCUCAUCCAACGCCGCGUCACCUGGUCUAGUAGAUGUGAUCUAUCCUCCAGUGGAAAACGGACCAGACGCGCGGACACCGCUCUAUUUCUCGCUAAUCCAGUCGUUUAGCGGCCAGUACAUCAGUGUGUACUCUCUUCCUGGACUACAUAUGGCCCUGGACUUUAUCAACCAAGACAAUACUCUACUUCCUGGAUAUAGCCUCCACUACGUCUUCACAGACGCCGCGUGUGAUAGGAAAGAGGCGCUGAAUGCAUUCCACCAUCAGGUUUUCGAUAAAGUCAUCACUAAUAAACUCGGGGUCAUUGGCUCGGGUUGCUCGGUUUCCACUGAGCCAACUGCUGCCAUCUCUCAUUACUACAACCUUGUCCAGGUGUCUUGUAUAGCAUCGUCUCCGGCAUUCAGGAACAGAGUCCUGUUCCCUCGCUACUUCCAGAUCCUCCCGACAGACGCCAGCCAGGCCAACGCCUUCUACGCCAUGAUCAGACACUACAACUGGAGGAGAGUGGCUCUUAUUGUCCAGGACGAAAAUCUCUUCACAGCGGCAAUAGAUGAGUUGAAGGAAGACUUGUUCAAGGAUGGAGUGGAGUAUACCGAGGAAACACUCGUCAUUGUCGAGGAUGACAUCAUUGAAGGUCUCUCUAGAGAUACUUUUGAUGAUGGUUCUCGGAUAUUUAUUGUGGCAGGAUACGCACCAGUUGGUAGACAGAUUAUGUGUGAGGCGUACAAGAACAACUUACUCUACCCUCGCUACCUGUUUUUCACCAUCUCCUGGUACAGUGAGGGAUGGUGGAGGGACGGUGUGGAACAGUAUGGCUGCACACAGGAGCAGAUGGAACAAGUGCUGGAGCACACACUGACCAUAGUAUUCCUACCCUCUGCACGCUACCUGGACCCCUCUCUCACCACAGACACAAAAACCAACCUGACAAUAGGAGAGUAUCUGCGACGAGAAAGCGAGGAAUAUGUCAACAGAGCACCUCUCAACAUCUCUAAAGUGGACGAUUUGUCUUCAGACUGCUAUGAUGGCAUGUAUGCAUUUACCUAUGCUCUCAACAGCACCAUAAAUGAUUUGAACACAAACAUGACACUCAACGACAUGGCUAACAACUAUGUGGAUAAUGUGACAGGUCCAUUUAGGAUUGAGAGUUUCUCCUAUGAGAACAGCGUCGUGAUGGAAACCAUGUUCAAAAAUCUAGAGAGAACCAACUUUCGUGGUGUGUCUGGUGAUGUCCACUUUGACUCCAAUGGAAUACGUGCUGUUACACAGUUUAUAGUCUUGCAGUACAGAAAAAACCAGAGCACAGGAGACCUGGAGAGUGUGGUGGUGGGUCGUAUUUCUCCUGAUUUGACUUUCACCUUUGAACCAGGAGAGACAGAAGACACUGUGUGGCCAAGGGGUGUUCCAUAUGAUGGAGUGACAGUGAAUGAGGAGGUGCUGGCAGUUCACGUGGCUCUGACUGUUGUGCUGACCUUCCUCUCAUGUGCCGGGAUCAUCUUCUCCAUUGUCUGCCUCCUCUUCAACUUCUACUUCAGAAACACGAAGUUGAUCAGACUGACAUCCCCCAACCUGAACUACCUGAUAGGCUCAGGAGCCAUUCUCCUCUAUCUCGCCAUCACUGUCACGGUCUGGCCGGCCACCACGGCCACGGCCGCUGGAGUCCUCUGCAACCUCCAGGUCUGGCUGACUGGCUUCGGGUACUCCCUCUGCUAUGGAACCAUCCUCGUCAAGAUGUGGAGAGUCUACUACAUCUUUAACAACCCCAACUCCCAGAAGAAAAAAUUGCACGACUGGAUGCUGACGCUGAUGGUCCUGUGUUUCCUGGUCAUUGAUCUGGCCAUGUUGGUGGUCUACUCGGCCGUGCAGGGCUCACGAGGAGUACUCGGAGCUGAGAGAGUCGAUGACGAUGAGACCAGCAACAUUGAGGAAGGACACCAAGGUAUACCGAGAGAUUUCUAUGUGUAUGUGUGCAGCUCUCUGGCCAGAGACAUCUUUCUUGGCAUCUUCUAUGGCUACAAGGCUCUCCUCCAAGUGUGUGGUCUGUUCCUGGCAUUUGCCACCAGGAAGGUAAAGGUGAAGGGUCUGGAUGACUCCAAGUGGAUUGCAGCCACCAUAUACAUCACCAGCAUUGUCCUGGCCAUCACCAUCCUCUCACUGUACACACUGGGUGGCCUGCAAAACAGAUUCUCUGGAGUCUUUACUGUUGGGCUCUUCAUUGGGACCACUUUCAUCAUGGCAUUUGUGUUUGUGUCAAAGGUAGGACACAACACCGCCCUCCAUCCCAGUAUUCCUUUCUACAAGUGUGUUAGCUAAUACCUUACUUAUGGCAAUUGAAACAUGUGAACGAGACUAUAGCAGAGUAGAUUGUGGUAAUUGUCGCUGUUCUCUAUAAUAACUGCUCUACAAUUCAGCUGUUAGUAUACCAAAUUUCCCAUCCAUUUCAUUAAAGUUGUGUACAGUGUGUUAGAACAAAUCUGUCCUUACAGAUGCAUACCCUGUUGAGGGAUCCAGAUGGGAAGAGAGUAUUCAGUAAGUCAAGUCCCAGUGAAAACCAGCCACCGUCUUCUUAGCGGAAUAAGGAACAAUUUAACAGAUGACUAGUGUAUUAUUUUACCCAAUGAUACUGAUGAGUGGCAUUAAAAUUAGGUUCUUAAAAUGUUUGUGAUA